ACUCCCGGAAGUUUCGUCAUUGUCAACCAUGAAAUAAGAAAGUAAACACCAUUUUAUGUUGUAACGCACCUUCAGCCGACAGUAUCCUUAUUCGUUCAAUUUCUUGGAUUUAGUAAACAGUUAAUUAUGCCGGUGAUCUUACUGGAGAGGUUACCCCUUCCUAGUUUACAGACUUACACCUCAGUGUCUGUUCUCGUUUUGUCUGUGGCAUUGUACUAUGCAUAUCAUACGGUGACCACUUUUGACACUUUGGCGGUUGAUUUUGGUGAUGGAGUGACCGUUGAACCAGUGGAAAAUGAGGAAGUGCUGACAGAAUCAACAGAGGGGGUCAAUAUGACCCUUCCGUAUGACACUGUGCAUUGGAAUAUGUUCCAUAUUUUGACCACAGAAGUGUGGUGUGUCUGGAUUUUAGUUAACUCUGCAUACUGCUGUUUAAUACUUCUUGGAAAAGCAAUUCAAAAGCUUGUGUUUGGGGAGCUAAGAGUCUCAGAAGAACAGCAUUUGAAAGACAAGUUUUGGAACUUCCUGUUCUACAAGUUUAUCUUUAUAUUUGGGGUGUUGAAUGUUCAGACCCUGGAGGAGGUGGUGUCCUGGGUGGCGUGGUUCACCAUCCUCGGCUUCUUCAAUCUCCUCACACAGCUCUCCAAAGACCGCUUCGAAUAUCUGUCCUUUUCUCCUAUAGCUGCCCGGGGUAUCCACAUUAAGCUGCUGGGCCUAUUGUUUGUCAUCCUGCUAUGUAGCUUUGCAUUACUGUUUCUUAGUGGAUAUGUAGGGCUUCAGACAGGUCCCACUAUUUUUGCCUUUUUAGCUGCAGAGUGCCUUCUGUUGGGGAUUAGGGCCCUCUAUGUUGUAGUAAGAUAUGUGAUCCACUUGUGGGACAUGAGUGUUGCCAGUGUCUGGGAGAACAAGUCUAUUUAUAUCUAUUACACAGAACUGGGAUUUGAGUUGGCUUAUUUAGCUGUUGAUUUUGCACAUCAUCUUCAUAUGUUGCUGUGGGGAAAUAUCUUCUUGAGCAUGGCCAGUCUUGUAAUUUGUAUGCAGCUGAGGUAUCUGUUUUAUGAAUUCAAAAGAAGGAUCAAUCGCCAUAAGAAUUACAGAAGAGUUGUACAAAAUAUGGAAGCAAGAUUUCCAAUGGCUACCAAAGAAGAAUUGCAGGGUCAUAAUGAUAACUGUGCUGUGUGCUGGGAGAGGAUGGAGGUGGCAAGAAAACUGCCAUGCGGACAUUUGUUUCAUAAUUCCUGUCUGAGGUCCUGGUUGGAACAAGACACCUCCUGUCCCACCUGUAGAAUGUCCCUCAAUGAGGGGCCACAGGUGGACCCCAAUCUGAAUGUCCCAGACGAGCGUGGUGCUGCACCACCCCAGCCCCCUCAACAACAGCCACAGAACCAGUUCACCAACCAUUUCUUCCAUUUUGAUGGGUCACGUUAUGUCAGCUGGUUCCCUAGUUUCUCUGUGGAGGUAACACACACCCAAUUAUUACCGGGAGGGCGACAGAGACCAGUCCAAACCUCACAGCUGGACAGUAUGGCUCGUCAAGUCCAGUCUGUCUUCCCACACAUCCCUAUGAAUGUCAUCAUUGAGGAUUUGAGGAAUACAAGAUCUGUGGACUUCACCAUUGAAAAUAUUUUAGAAGGCAGAGUUCAAGUGCCUCCUCCUGGACUAACCACAAUGGCUGCCUUGACAGAUUCGGAGGAGGGCAGUGAUGACAGCGAUGCCCAGUCCAGUACCUCACAGUCCUCUAACCGGGCCCUACAACUGACCAGGCCCGCUGAGGGGCCGGAGGAGGUCAGCAGCAUAAUGGACGAUAAUGUCCCAUACCUAAUGGAAACAAAACCAAGUGAUGAAACUCAGUUUACCAGGGGUGGAAGAUUUUCAAAAUCUGCUUCAGAGAGAGAAACAAUGUUACAGAGUAGAAAAGAACAAAUGUUACAGAAUGCAAGAAAGAAAUAUCUAAGUCGACAAACAAGUUCAGAAAAGGAGGCAGCAUCUCAAAUUAGUCAAACAAGUGAGUCAACAGAGAACAGUACAACAGGUCAGAGCGAGUUACAGCAGCGACGAGAACUGGCGUUUCAGGCAGCUCAGCGUCGCUUUAACAGCUCGUAGUCAUUGUAAUGAACACAUCAGUGUUGUGAUCUUGUCAAUGCAAAGUUAGAAGAAACUGAAAAUAUAUUUUGUACCAUUUAUAACAGAUUUAAUGCUUUAAAGUCUCAAAGGUUAUUAUUUGUAUUUCUAUUUUGUAAAUUGCAGAAAGUAUAGAUUAACUUUCAGUUUUUUAUUGAAUUAUUAUAAUUUUUUUUUUUUUUUUUGAAUAACUGUGUCCCUGAAAUCAGGUUAAUGUUUUGGGAAUAUUGAUCAGAAGUUUGUACUGUGUAUAAUGUGUUUAAUGCUUAUGAGAAGGGAGCAUAAUUUAAUAAUAAAACAUGUAUUAAUAUACUGAAAUUUUUAUCUACCGGUAUUUUAAUAAGGAUAUGAUAAGUGUAUGAACUAAAUUAUUAUCCUUAAUUUUGAAAGGCAUAUUGAUUUUUGUAAGUAAAGUGACUGUGUCUUC